AUGGCAGAAACAGCUUUACUAGGAAAAGGACCAGAGUCGACUGAAGAAUUUGGAGAUGGAGAGAAUAAAGACAACAACGUAAGGACCAGUACAGCGGACUAUACGAGAAACAAAACAGCAGCGAAGACUCUGGGAGCUGAAGGAGCACAAUCUAUCAAGGGAAGUUCAGCGUGCAUGAUUAGAGUAACUCAAACAAAAGGUGUUGACGUGGCUGCAACGGUACUAGAAGGAGCUCGGUUUGAUGGAAAGCAGCCUGUUUCCAAGAUGACUACGCGGCUAACUCAAUUUUAUGAGGAGUUCAACACAUAUAAUGAAAUCCAUGACAGUUUCGUUGAGAUGGGUCUUCGAGAAAAUCUGCUGAAAGGAAUAUAUGCAUAUGGUCUGGCGAUGCCUUCUGCAAUCCAUCGACGAGGAAUUGUCCCAUUCUGCAAGGGUCUGGAUGUUAUCCAGCAGUCACUGUCUGGAACAACUGUGACACUUGCCUGUGGAGUUCUCCAGCGACUCGAUUAUGGAUCCACGGAAUGCCAAGCUUUGGUUCUUGUACCAACGCGUGACUUGGCACAGGAGACCGAGAAAGUUAUUGGAGCACUUGGUCAGUGGCUAGGUGUCAAAGCUCAUGCUUGUCUUGGAGGAACUAGUAUUCGUGAGGAGAAGCAAAUAUCGUCGAGCAGCAAUCAGGUUAUUGUCGCCACUCCUGGCCGCGCUCUUAACAUGCUGACAAGACGAGCACUUUGUCCAGAUAACAUCAGAAUGUUCGUCUUGGAUGAAGCUGAUGAAAUACUCGCAGGAGGUUUGAAGAACCAGAUCUACGAUAUUAUCCAGCUUCUCCCAGCCAAAAUCCUGUUUGCUGUAUUCUCUACCGCCAUGUCCAAUGAAGCUCUUGAACUUUGCCGGAAGUGCAUGAAUAAGCCUAUGAAGGUCAUAGUGCCGAAAGAUGAAGAACUUGAGGGUUUUAGUGUUAAGCAGUUCUAUGUUAAAGCUGAGAAUGAAGAAUCGAAGUUUCAAAAAUUAUGUGAUCUUUUUGACACCAUGGCCGUCAUGCAAAACAUCAUCUUUGUCAACGCACGUCGGAAGGUCAAGCCACUGACCGAAAAGAUCAGAGGCAGGGGGUACACUGUCUCGGCAAGCCAUGGUGGUAUGGACCAGCACUCCAGAGAUGCUGCCGUCCAGGAUCUCCAGUCGGGAUCAUCCCGUGUCCUCGUCACCACCGACCUUCAUGGCGCUGAUGCAUUGCAGGUCCCUGUUGUCAUCAACUAUGAUCUGCCAGCACAACCAGUACAAUACCUUCGUAAUGUUCGACGAAGUGGACAUCCUGGAGGGAUUGGUGUAGCUAUCAGCUUUGUUGCUCGUGCUGAUGAGCGUGUUCUGUCUGGCAUCCAAAGGUUCUGCAAUACUCAGAUGGCGGAGUUACCCUCCAACGUCGCUGACCUCUUGUGAGCAAUUGUGUAGUUGGAUAUGGUGCACAGAUGGCUAUCUAGACUUCUUUUUUCUAUCGUUGGCCUGGAGAGCUGCGCAACAGCUGCAUUUUGUUGAAUUGUGGGAAUCGUCUUGUGGGAUUGAAACUUGUUGAGUUCUCCGGUAUUAUGUCAUGGUGGUUCGAAGCUGAAUUGAAU